AUGUCAACUCGUCUCCUCAUCGCCAUGGCUGUGUUGGGGUGUGUGGCAUCAGUCCGGCCGGCAUCCGAGCCAGCGCAGCAGCUCCAUGAAGACGUCUCCACGCGCACAAACGUCUCCAAGCACACGCAGGCCGACAAGUUCUUCGACCAGGGUGGCUCCUGCUGCGCAUGCCAUAAGGUCGUCAUCAAGGGGGGCUAUUUCAGCAAAGAUUCGUAUGCUAAUAAGUGCGCCGACGAAGUUGGGCCUACGAAGAAAUGUGGGUCCAACUGUUCGCCUCCCGAAAAGGGGUGGAAGUGCUGGGCCCGCUUUGACCGCAAUGGUCGCGCCAAGUGCUGA